AUGGAAAACGAAGAAAUUUUUCAGGUAUUACCUGAUUAUGAUUUCCUCAUUGAUGAUUUUCUUUUGUCACCUUCUGAAUAUGUUCAGCAAAGUCAACCAGUUAGCAAUAUCUCCUCCUCUUCAUGUUCUUCGAGUAAUUCCAGUGAUGUCAAUAGAAAUUCAAAAAGAGAAAGGAGGAAGAUGCUCAAUAGAAAAGCAGCUGCAAGGUCAAGGCAAAAGAAGAAGAAAGAGCUAAAAGAAUUACAAAAUGAUAAUGACAACUUGAAAAAUGAAAUUGGACAGAUGGAUGGGACUAUAAAUAAAUUAAGGAAACAAAUAAUGGAAUUGGAAAGAUGA